AUGUAAGAACAUUUGGAGAGAUUAGCCAAUAAAUUAGAAUACAAGGUGUAUCCAUACCAUAUAAAUCACUACGAUCCAGCUCAUACUGAUUAUAUUCCAGCCCAGAGACAAGAUUAUAAAUAAAGAUUGGUAGUGGAUACUCAUAACAUGCUUAUAGAUGGAGUUAAAAGAGAUGUGACCAUGUAAAAAUAAGUUGAUGAAGCAAUUAAGAACUUAGAUAGACCUUAUUUAAAAGGGAAACAUGGAGUUACUAAGAAUAUUACUGGUGGAUUUAGAGAUUACUUCCCUAUUUAAAUACAAUAUGGAUAAACAGGAAAUCUCUAGAAUGAAGAAUUGGGAUAUGAAAAUGUGUUCAGAAAUGAAAAAAGGUGGAUUGCUUAAAUUAUAUAUCCAGUUGAAAAACCGGAAGCGAUAGGAGACAUGAAAAGGAAUUGGAAUCGAGGCCUAUGA